UUCUCCAUUGAUUUUUACAUCCAAAUUCUCAGAUCACUAUUCAGAAUGGUAUAUAUAUUUGAUGGGUAGUCAGAGGAUGGUGAAGAAGAAAAACUAGUCUUCAAACAAGGACUGGCUGGCCUUGUUGAUUCUCUUUCUUAGAGCAACAGAUUUUCUUGUCUUCCAAACAUGUUUUGUCCGUAUUUGGCCUCUUGAAAGUUUGCUUUUGUUGUUGGAUUUUCUUCUCCUGCUGAUAUUCCCAUUGAGUUUGAUCAACAGUAGUCAAGAUGGUAUGCUAGAUGGAGAGUGAGAAAGAGUGAAGAAGAAAAUCCAAUUAGCCAACAUAACUAGCUUGUUGAUGCAUAUAUAUUGUCUUGGGACAACUAAUUUUCUUGUCUUCCAAACAUGUUUUUUGCUUCUUCUAGGGUUCUUUUCUUCCAUUGAUGUUUUCAUGCAUUCCAUUGAUGUAACUCAGAUGGAAAUUAAGAAAAUCCAAUAACCAAUCAACAAAGCAAGCCUUGUUAUUUUCUCCCUUGGAACGACAAAUUUUCUUGUCCUCCAAACAUGUCUUCUCCCUCUUCUUCCAUGAAACCCUCCAUUUCUUCAUGGGUUUUCAGACUUUUCUUAGCUGCUGUCUUACUUUCCUUUCCCGGUCCUUGUUCUUCUUCGUUUUCGCCUCCCAUAACCAUCAGCUCCAUUGAUGAGUUCCAAAACUACACUGCAAUAUCCGAUUUCCGGAUACUGAAUAGAAGAGUUUUGGUGGAGUGUCCCGAUGCAAACCCUUAUCUUCAAAUCAACGUUAGCAAGACUUCAAGCCUCUCCGAUGAAGAAUACCUCACUGUCACCGUUAGCGGAGUUCUACUUCCCGCAGAGACUGAUUGGGUGGCCAUGAUUUCCCCUUCUCAUUCCGAUGUCUCAAGUUGUCCAUUAGCUGCAAUUUUCUAUAUACAAACUGGUGACAUUAGUAACUUGCCUCUUCUCUGCCAUUAUCCUGUCAAGGCACAGUUUGUGAGCAAUGAUCCUGACUACCUCAGUUGCAAGAAACAGGAAUGCAAGAAGUAUGAGAAUGGCAAAUGUGUAGCGGUCACCUGCGCCGGCUCGUUAACAUUUCAUGCUAUCAACAUCAGAACAGACAUUGAGUUUGUGUUCUUCGCUGGUGGAUUCCAAACCCCUUGCAUUUUGACUAGAUCAAACCCUGUGAGCUUUGCUAGUCCAGAAAAGCCAUUAUAUGGACACAUCUCAAGCAUAGAUUCAACUGGAACAUCUAUGAGAUUAACAUGGGUCAGUGGUGAUAAAGAGCCUCAACAAGUUCAAUAUGAAGGCAAAUCAGAAGAAUCAGAAGUUGUAACAUUUACACAAGGUGAUAUGUGUGGCACUGAAAAAACUAGUCCAGCCAAGGAUUUUGGGUGGCAUGAUCCCGGUUACAUUCAUUCAGCAGUGAUGACAGGACUUCAGCCUUCAAGCACCUUCUCCUAUAAAUAUGGAAGUGACUCGGUUGGUUGGAGUGAUCAAAUUCAAUUCCGGACUCCACCUGCUGGGGGAUCAGAUGAACUCAGAUUUAUUGCAUUUGGUGACAUGGGAAAGGCUCCUCGUGAUGCUUCUGCUGAACACUACAUUCAGCCAGGAUCUAUCUCGGUAAUUGAGGCCGUAGCCAAAGAACUCAGUUCUGGGAAUAUAGAUUCCAUCUUCCACAUUGGAGAUAUUAGUUAUGCCACAGGCUUCUUAGUAGAAUGGGAUUUCUUCCUCCACCUUAUCAACCCAGUUGCUUCCCAAGUUUCUUACAUGACUGCAAUUGGAAACCACGAGAUGGACUACCCGGAUGCAGAAUCAAUUUACAAAACUCCUGACUCGGGUGGAGAAUGUGGAGUUCCUUACUGGACUUAUUUUCCAAUGCCUACAGUGCAAAAAGAAAAGCCAUGGUAUUCCAUUGAACAAGGAAGUGUUCACUUCACAAUAAUUUCAACCGAACAUGACUGGGCUGAAAGUGCCGAGCAGUAUGAAUGGAUGAAAAAUGACAUGGCUUCAGUUGAUAGAUCGAAAACCCCUUGGCUAAUUUUUAUUGGGCACAGACAUAUGUAUACUUCCACAACCAGUUUGGGCUCCUCCGACUUCAUAUCAGCCGUAGAGCCAUUAUUGCUGGCCAACAAGGUUGAUCUGGUUCUCUUUGGUCAUGUGCACAACUACGAGAGAACUUGUGCUAUUUAUGACCAUGAAUGCAAAGGGAUGCCUAAGAAGGAUGAAGAUGGGAUCGACACCUAUGAUAACAGCAAUUAUACUGCCCCAGUUCAAGCAGUCAUUGGAAUGGCUGGCUUCAGCUUGGACAAGUUCCCGGAUGAUGAUGAUAAUGCUUGGAGUUUGUCAAGGAUUUCUGAAUAUGGAUAUGUAAGAGGGCAUGCAACAUGGGAAGAGUUAAAAAUGGAGUUUGUAGAAAGCAAUACAAGAAAAGUUGGGGAUAGCUUCCGCAUCAUUAGAAGUCAAAGUUCCUAGAAAGAGAAACUAAUGAGAGAAUGCGAAGACACAACUUUGGCUUUGGUAUGAUUAAAUUUAUGAAACUUGUUAUAUUUCCUCAUGUAAAUCAAUCUUAUCUAUCAA